AGUAGGAAGCAGAGCGCGGCGGAGGGGGCGGUGGGAGGGGACGCUCCGACUGUGGCGAAGGCGCGGGACGCGGCGAGGUUUCCCGCGGCUUCCUUAGAACGUUCGGGACGGUGGAGCCCUUGCGAGGCGCGAGCGAGCUUGGGGCCAGCAACGAGCGAGGAGCGGGCGGCGGGCGGGGAGCAGCGGGGCGGCCGGGCGGAGCGGGCUCCGAGCCCCGGGCUCCGCGGCUCGGCGGGACACGGCUCUUGGUAGUGAAGGCGGCGAUGUUCCACUGCAUUCCCCUGUGGCGGUGCAACCGUCAUGUGGAGAUCAUCGACAAGCGCCACUGCUCGCUGGUCUACGUCCCCGAGGAGAUCUACCGAUAUGCCCGCAGCCUGGAGGAGCUGCUGCUGGACGCCAACCAGCUCCGGGAGCUCCCCGAGCAAUUUUUCCAGCUAGUCAAAUUACGAAAGCUUGGACUCAGUGAUAAUGAAAUUCAGCGGCUCCCUCCAGAAAUAGCAAACUUCAUGCAGCUGGUGGAACUCGACGUGUCUCGGAAUGAUAUACCUGAAAUUCCAGAAAGCAUCUCCUUCUGUAAAGCGCUGCAGGUAGCUGACUUCAGCGGAAACCCACUCACCAGGUUGCCUGAGAGCUUUCCUGAGCUACAGAACUUAACAUGUCUUUCUGUAAAUGACAUCUCUCUGCAGUCUCUGCCAGAGAAUAUUGGAAAUCUCUAUAACCUGGCUUCACUGGAACUGAGAGAGAAUCUUCUUACGUAUCUUCCUGACUCUCUUACCCAGCUAAGGAGACUAGAAGAACUUGAUUUAGGAAACAAUGAAAUCUAUAAUUUGCCAGAAUCAAUUGGGGCGCUCCUGCAUCUGAAGGAUCUCUGGUUGGAUGGAAAUCAACUGUCUGAAUUACCUCAGGAAAUAGGGAAUCUGAAGAACCUGCUCUGCUUAGAUGUCUCUGAAAACAGGCUAGAAAAACUUCCUGAGGAAAUCAGCGGCCUGACUUCUUUGACAGACUUAGUCAUUUCCCAGAACUUGCUAGAAACAAUUCCUGAUGGCAUCGGAAAACUAAAGAAGCUGUCAAUCUUGAAGUUGGAUCAGAACAGACUCACACAGUUGCCUGAAGCAAUUGGGGAUUGUGAAAAUCUCACGGAAUUAGUUCUUACAGAAAACCGGCUCCUGACUUUACCUAAGAGCAUUGGAAAACUUAAGAAGUUGAGCAACUUGAAUGCAGACAGGAAUAAAUUAGUGUCAUUACCAAAAGAGAUUGGCGGGUGCUGCAGCCUCACCAUGUUCUGCAUACGGGACAACAGACUAACUCGGUUACCUGCAGAGGUGUCACAGGCGCUGGAGCUUCACGUCCUCGAUGUGGCGGGGAACAGGUUGCAUCAUCUGCCCUUAUCCCUGACCACCCUGAAGUUAAAGGCCCUGUGGUUAUCCGACAACCAGUCCCAGCCUCUCCUCACCUUCCAGACGGACAUAGACCGCACCACUGGGGAGAAGAUCCUAACGUGUGUCUUACUUCCUCAGCUACCCUCCGAACCCAUCUGCCAAGAGAGCCUGCCGCGUUGCGGUGCCCUGGAGAGCCUGGUAACCGAUGUCUCUGAGGAAGCCUGGAAUGACCGCUCAGUCCACAGGGUUAGCGCAAUCCGGUUUUUGGAAGAUGAGAAGGAUGAAGAUGAAAACGAAACGAGAACACUUCAGAGGCGAGCCACUCCACACCCAGGGGAAUUAAAGAACAUGAAAAAGACGGUGGAGAAUUUACGGAAUGACAUGAAUGCCGCCAAAGGACUGGAUUCAAAUAAAAACGAGGUCAACCACGCCGCUGCUGAGCGCGUGACUACCACGUCCGUGUAGCAUUCAUCUUACCUGCCGUGUCCUCCCUGCUGUAGAGAUGUUCCUGUGCACCUGAGUGAGGAGCCUCCUGCCUACUGUCCUCAUGCCCACCAUCCCUCUGCCAGGAUGCUGCUCUUGCACCAAGUGCCUUACGCAUCCCUCCGUCCCUCCGUCCGCGCACCAGUAGCCUCCCAUCCUGAUUAUGUUCAAUAUGAGUUGUUCAUAAUAAGUAGAAUACACUACUGUCAACAUCUGACCUUCGUUUUUGUCUUGUGUUGGGGUUAGAGAGAGCAAGAAGGGGGAUUCUGGCCCUCGUCCCUCCACUGAGUGCUGGACAUUCGGAACCCACGUUCUAUGGACCCACCGAGGAGAGGAAGUUUUAUGUAUGGGGGAGAAAAAAAAAGAUACUUUUUUAAACCUUUCUUGGCAGCUCAGAUGGUGUAAAUUUUAAAAUUUUGUAUAGGUAUUUCAUAACAAAAAAAUGAUGUAUUUCUUUGUUACUUUAUCUUGAAGACGGUACAUAUUUUCGUAUUCGUGCAGAAAAACCAAUUAGGCCUAAAGUAUUCGUUUUUACCUGUACCAUCCACUCCGUGCCUUAUUGUAUCCUGUCCUGUCAACACCAGUUGUAAACAGUGGCAUCCUUGAGCAGCAAGAUGGGAGCAUGGGCGUGGUCAUUUUAAAGUGGUGUUGCACAUUUUAAUCAGUAAUCUGCUGGCUUGUUUGUUAACCAGAAAGAUGAAUUUAUCAGUGAUUUAUAAGUUUCGUCAAGUGAUUUCUUCAAAAAGAUGAACCAAAGGCUCAGACUCGAGAUAUGUCAUUCCAUUUGCGCCCCCUCAUCCUGUCUCCGCUCUGAGGAGUGCAGCAUCAGGCUGUGCCUGCUCCAGAGGCUACAGGCCACGUGUAACAGUAUACAGCAGAAAAGCACAGAAAGAGAAAGCUGGUUCAGAAAUUCAGUGGAUCCGUAACUUAUGUAUCACAGAAGAAUGACUGUUGCUGAAGAAAGCUUUAAAAGUUUUAUAUCCGGAUAAAAGACCACAAUAAAGCAAAAGUAACCUAUACCCUAAUAGAAAUGUUGCUAUCUCUGUACAAGUGCACUUUGAUCUGUAAAUAGUUUUAAUCAAAUUGCAACAAAACACUGCUUCAAGAUCUACUUUUAAAUCUGCUAAUUUAAGGGGUAUGUUUUUACUGUGUUUGUGUCGUUUUCUUUUUAAGUAUGCUGUGAUGAAAGAGAAGUGGCAGAGUGCCAGUCACUGGGGUGU